AUGGCCAGCAUUGCCGCUACCCUAGCCAAGGACAAGAGCGCAGCCCUGGGUGUUGGAUCCAAUAAGAACCCAGUAAAGUAUUUAAACCAGGACUAUGAAGAGCUAAGGGCACGGUGCUUGGCAUCUGGAACUUUAUUCGAAGACCCAACCUUCCCUGCCCGCCAGCCAUCGCUGGGGGUCAAUGAUCUGGGUCCGAAAUCAGACCAAGUGCAAGGACUUGUGUGGAAAAGACCCGCGGAAAUAAAACCGAAUCCCCAGUUCAUUACAGAUGGUGCAACACGCGGUGAUGUCCGGCAAGGAGCUCUAGGUGACUGCUGGUUCCUAUGCUCCAUUGCAUCGCUCACCCUGAAUGAAGACUGCCUGUAUCGGGUCGUUCCUAAAGACCAGAGCUUUGACACAAACUACGCAGGAAUCUUCCACUUCAAGUUCUGGCAGUACGGAGAGUGGGUGGAUGUAAUUGUGGACGAUCGCUUGCCCACCAAGAAGGGAAAGCUGAUGUUCGUGAAGUCCACGACUGCUAACGAAUUCUGGAGCGCCCUUCUGGAAAAGGCCUAUGCCAAGCUCAAUGGCUCAUAUGAAGCACUGAAGGGCGGGUAUCCAAUAGAGGCUUUGGUGGAUUUCACUGGUGGCAUUGGUGAAGUGUAUGAAUCUGAGAAAGCACCCAAGAAUCUAUUCCAGAUUAUCCAGAAAGCGCUGAAGGCGCGGUUCUUGGUCGGCUGCUGCACAAGAUCUGAGGGCGCAGGAGAAAUUGUGAUGAACACCAAUGUGGUAAAGAACCAUGCGUAUACACUGACCGGGGCGGAGGAGGUCACCUAUCGCGGGAAUAGGGUCCAGAUCAUCAGAGUGAGGAAUCCGUGGGGCCAUAAAGAGUGGAACGGAGCCUGGAGUGAUAGUGCCCCAGAAUGGAAGGAGGUUGACCCAAAAGUGAGAGCUGAGCUCAAUUUCAAGUGCGAUGAUGGGGAAACUUGGAUGCCGCUUUCUUCUUUGCUAGAUGAGUUUUACCGAGUGGAAAUCUGUAACCUCACCCUGGACCCCGUGGGCAGUAAUGAGAAUCACCGGUGGUGCCUAAUAGAAUUUAAUGGGAGCUGGACGGCUGGGAGCACUGCCGGAGGAUGCAAGGACAACGCAACAUUCUGGACCAACCCGCAGUUCCGUAUCACCCUGGAGGAUGCCGAUGGUGACCAGAUAGGAAAUGCAGACGCACCUUGCUGCUCGGUUGUUGUGAACCUAAUGCAGAAAGGGCGCAGGAGGAAGCUACCACAAGGAGAACGUUCAUUUGGGAUUGGUUACUAUAUAUAUGAGGUCCCCAAUGAGACUGUCUCCGAGGUCCCGAUGGGGAAGGACUUCUUCCAGAAUAAUCAAGAGGUUGCUAGCUCAGAUGACUACAAAGUGUUUCGGGAUGUGUCAGACCGGUUCCUGCUUCCUGUCGGGAGAUACCUGAUUGUUCCAACAACCUUGAAACCCCAAGAAGAAGCCAAUUUUUUUCUUCGUAUCUUCACAGAGAGAAAUGUUUCGGCUCUGUAAGUGGAAGGCUCCCAGGUGUACAGUGUGCCCAAGUAACCAACCAAAUGCUAGCUUACAGACCAGCUCUCACCUGGGAGCGAUUCUGCCACAGGUGUCUUCUUAUAUGGGGCCGGUAAGGUUCAGGUGAAAUCACAUAAUUGUGGCCACUUAUAGACCCGUAGACAGAAAAAAUACUGUAUAAGAUUAUAUAGAUUUUUUUGUUUUUUUUUUUUACUUUUGCAACUUAUGAAGCUGUUUCUCUUUUCUGCUGUGUUAGAUCUUUGUAGUUUUAUUGACUGAUAAAAAUGUGUUUGUUGCACACAAAAUAAAUGGUUAAUAACAUGAGCGCAAGUGGGCGUAAGUGUCUGCGAUGUGUGCCUGGCGUAAACCAGACGCAUAUGUUGACAACCAGAAUGAAUGGCAAGUUCUGCAUACAGGCCGAAAUGCUCUAUUUUUAUAUGCAAUAAAUCUGUACCAGAUCCAUA